AUGUUUUGCAAUUUAUUUUCAAUAGCAUUUGGUGCCUCCUCUAGUAAUACAUCUACCAAAACAGAUGGUGGUCAAUAUUUGAAAACUACUUCUUUAUUAACAUGUAUGGCAAACUCGCAAUUCAGUGCCUCAUACUUUGAUGUCCACUUUUAUCGUCAUAACAAUACAGUCACAUUUAAAGUUGAUGCUACUACCACAAUCAGUGGAAAAGUUAUCGUUCGAGCAGAUGUGAUUGUUUAUGGGUUGAAUGUUAUUCAAAAGACUAUCGAUCUAUGUUCAUUGGGCCAAGUUGCUUUGUGUCCCUUAAGUGCGGGUAGAAUCGAUGUCAGUUCGUCUUAUACUAUUGAUAGUGAUAUUAUCAAACAAAUUCCAGGUGUCGCCUAUACCAUUCCUGAUUUGGACGCACAAGUCCGUGUUGUCGUUUACUCUCAAAAUGACACAACUUACCAAAAUCCCUUGGCUUGUGUUGAAGCUAUAGUUAGUAAUGAUAAGACUGUUCAAACGAAAUAUGCUUCUUGGCCAAUUGCAGCUAUCUCAGGGUUGGGUGUCUUAACCUCAGGGUUUGUAUCUGUUUUGGGGUAUACUUCUACUUCAGCUCAUAUUGCUUCCAAUUCCAUUUCUUUAUUCAUUUAUUUCCAAAACUUAUCAAUCACUGCAAUGAUGGGUGUAGCCCGUGUCCCACCUAUUGCUGCUGCUUGGACUCAAAAUUUCCAAUGGUCAAUGGGUAUUAUUAAUGUGGGAUUCAUGCAAUCAAUAUUCGAUUGGUAUGUUCAAGCAACAAAAGGUACCUCUACAGCAGUUUUAGCAAAUAAAGAUGUUCUUUCCAUUAGUGUUCAAAAGAGAGAAUUUAUUAAUCAGAUGAUUAAGAAAGUGACCCUUGCAUCUUCAAAUGAUUAUACAGUUGGUUCUUCAAUUGCUAAUGAUACUCAUCUUUAUACAACUGAUGAAAGAAAUUCAACAGAUUAUGCUUCAAAAAUUUUAUUAUUACAUGGUAUGGAGCGUGUAGCUUAUAAGGCAAACAUUGAAUUAUCAAAUUUCUUUUUAACUGGGAUUGUAUUCUUUCUGUUUUUCAUUUUCGUUCUCGUGGUUUGUAUGAUUUUCUUCAAAGCUUUAUUAGAAGUAUUAACUCGUGCUCGUAUCAUGUCUGAAACUUCUAAUUUCUUUCUUUAUAGAAAAAAUUGGGGUAGUUUGAUUAAAGGUACUCUAUUCAGAUUGGCCAUUAUUGCCUUCCCUCAAGUAAGUUUAUUAACUAUUUGGGAAUUUACCCAGAUUGAUUCCCCAGCUAUUGUUGUAGAUGCAGUGGUUGUAUUGGUUGUUAUAUCAGGUUUAUUGAUUUAUGGUACUAUUAGAGUUUUGAUUAGAGGUCAAAAGUCAUGGAAAUUAUAUAAAACACCUGCCUAUUUGUUAUACGGUGAUACAAGUUUCUUGAAUAGAUUUGGGUUUUUGUAUGCUCAAUUCAAUGCAGAUAAAUAUUGGUGGUUGAUUCCUUUAUUAUCAUAUGCCUUCUUAAGAUCUUUAUUCGUGGCUGUUUUACAAAACCAAGGUAAAGCUCAAGCUUUAAUUAUUUUUAUUAUUGAAUUGUUUUAUUUCAUAGCUUUAUGUUGGUUUAAACCUUAUUUGGAUAAGCGUACUAAUAUUUUCAAUAUCUUUAUUCAUGUGGUUAAUUUGAUUAAUUCCUUAAUAUUCUUAUUUUUCAGUAAUUUGUUUAAACAACCAGCAAUCGUUUCGUCAGUAUUAGCAGUGGUAUUAUUUGUUUUAAAUGCUGUUGUUGCUUUGUUUUUAUUAAUAUUCACAAUCGUUACGUGUACAUUAGCAUUGAUUCAUAGAAACCCAGAUGCUCGCUACGAACCAAUGAAAGAUGAUCGUGUUUCCUUCAUUCCUAAGAUCCAAACCGGUGCAGAUGGAACUACCGCAACAAAAUCUGAAACUCAAUUAUUUGAUAUGAGAAAAGCUGUUAUGGAAACUAAUGAAAGCGAAAAACUAUUUGAUAGUGAUAAUAAAUCGGAUAAUAUGACUCGUGAGCGCCUAAUCUUUGAUGAUGGUAGUAGUACAAAUUCAUACAACGGUAACAGAGUUAAUUCUUACACCGGAUUUGAUUCUCAACCUUUAGAACCUACUUCAGUGGUAAGAGGAGGCGGAAAUUCAGGUGGUGCCUAUCUAAGUGUGCCAGAUUAUCAACGUACUAACCGUACAAGAUCUGGUAGUAAUCUACAAAAACCUGAAACUAGUUUUUUCAGCAGGUGA